UUUCUCUCUUUUUUUUCAUGAUGACUCAUUUGAGACUUGAAGCAACAGGCAUCUGCUUUAAUCGAGUGUAACACCCUGGCAAUCUCACAGAAUUCAGCUGUCUUCUCAGGCUCCUUGCCAUCCAAAGGUGUAAAACGUCAUCAUGGAUUUCAAUAAACGGUAAUGGGCAAUGAGAUGGGCAAUCGAAAUGUGUCUGGUCUGAAAGACUCAGAGGAAGAGAACACUGAUCCUCAAGCUCCCAAUGUUUCUUUGGAAGCUCCGGCACUGUCGAGUGAUACAGAUGGUUUACAAGACAAGAACAUUCUGGUUUCCUCAUUGGAUGCUGAAGAUUUUCAUGGGAAUCAAAAAAGAUUGGAUUCUGUAAAACUGUCGGAAACCAGCGAUCAUGCAAAUUGGGAUCAAACAUCGGCGGAAAGAGAGCAAGAUGACACUGCAGUUCAAACCCCUGACAAAUCUUCAGAAGCUUUGAUGCCUACUAGCAGUCCAGAUGGUAUAGGAGACGAGAACCCAUCAAUUUCUCCAUUAGAAUCUGAGGAUUUACAUGAGAAGCUAAAGAAUCCAGAUUCUGCAAACCCAUCUGAACAAGGAAAUCAUCAGAUUCAGAAUGAAACAUUGACUGGAAGAGAGGAAGAAGAGAAGGAGACUUCAAUGGAAUCCAAUUACAAGAAGAGUGAUGACCAUGAAUCCAACAUUGAUAUUUGUUCUGAAUCUUCCCUGAAAGACAGUAGCGCAGCGAUGGGAAGUGAUGGUGACAUUAUAAAGUCCAUUGGAUUAUGUGAUUCCAAUGGGGAAGUUAAGUUUGGAGAUUCUAGUGGGGAAAAACAGUUGGGCAGAACACCAACGUCCCAAUUGAAUGAUGUUGAAAGUGUAGGAGAUGAAGAUAAAGGACCCACUGAAUUGGAUGCCUUUAGGAUUGAUACCACAGAAUUAUCUGAUGAAUCAGUUGAAUCUUUCUAUCUAGAAGCUAUUGAAUCUGAAAUUAAAAGGGUAUGUCUAGGAGAUAAUGCGGAAGUGAUGAAGAACGGAGCUGAAAUCGAAUAUAAUGAAUAUGGUCAAAACCAGGUUUUGGUUUCUGAGGAAGAUGGUGAGGUGUCAGCUACUGAAUCAAAGACUGCCGAGAAUGAUACGUCCCAAACUGAGUUUUCAGUCAUAGGCGCCUGUGAAGAGAAUACGACCCAUGGCAAUGAUGGAUCAAAUGACAUCAGGAUUGAAAAGGCUUUUCAAGUUGAAAAGGGAGAAGAGGCUGAAAAUGAACAAGAAAUUGGAUUGCAUAAUAGCAGCUGCAGUCCAAUUUUGGAGGAAGGUGUUAAAGACCUGAAGAUUGAAAGAGAUGACGCCAUCAGCUCUUUGUCUUCAUUGGGUUCAGCUGAGAAAUGUUUUGGUGAAAAAAUGAUUGAAGAAACAGAAAAUUCUAAUUCAAAAGGGAAGAAAUAUGAAGAAGGAAUUGAACAGGUGGAUGGAGGAUUCAACAAUGUAUUGAAAUACCGAGAGUCUGAUGCAACUUCGGUAUUAGAAGAAAAUGGUUGUAUGAAUGAAAGAGAAAGAAACCCAGUCUUACCUCAAUCCGUUCCAAUCGAACAGGAUACAGAAAAUAGCCUAGUACAGGAAGCUGAAAUAGAACAUGCUGGAAUAGAAACCGAAACACCAGAAGAAAAAGAAACAUCGGAUCAAGAAAAUUGCAUGAAUGGCAGUGCUACUGAAAGUUUUGGCAUUGAUUCAGGAAACCCAAUUGCCGAAACAUCGCUCCUGGUUCUUGAAACAGAGAAAGAGGAAUCUGAGCUGGACCGAGCAAUGCAUCAGAAAGAUACUCAAAUUGAUGAAGGCUCAUCAUAUGGAGGCGAUAAGAUUUUUGCCGUCUCUAUGGAUCUGUCUCAGGAGAAAGAACCUGCAUGCGGCUUAACAGAAUUCUCGAUUAUUCAUGAGCCAAAAACUGAUUCCGAGAUACCAGAAAGCAAGGAAAGAUCACAUACUGAAUUGAAUCAGGAAAACCUCUCUGCCCAGUUCGAUACCACUGAAACGUUUGGUGUUGAUUUUGAAAACCAAUGGGCAGAAUCUGCAGUUUCAGCACUUCAGAGACAAAAAGAAGACAUUGAGCAAUGCCCAUCUCUGUAUCAGACAGGAAGUACCGAACACAAAGCUCAUGCGUCUGAAAGAGGUGAAACAGAUCAAGAAAACAUCAGCAUCCAUGUCCCAGAAAGCCCCACAUUUGAAGUUCCAGCACUUCGAGCUCCUGAAAGAUGUGAAACAGAUCAAGGAAACAUCAGCAUCCAUGUCCCGGAAAGCCCCACAUUUGAAGUUUCAGCACUUCGAGCUCCUGAAAGAUGUGAAACAGAUCAAGGAAACAUCGGCAUCCAUGUCCCGGAAAGCCCCACAUUUGAAGUUUCAGCACUUAGAGCUCUUGAAAGAUGUGAAACAGAUCAAGGAAACAUUGGCAUCCAUGUCCCGGAAAGCCCCACAUUUGAAGUUUCAGCACUUCAAGCUCCUGCACCAGGAAGUGGCGAAACAGAUGAAGAAAAUCCCAACAUCCAAAUCCAUGUCAGCGAAUGCCCAGCAUUUGAUUUUGCACCCCUGGCUCGAAACACUGAAGUUUCAGCACUCGAAGCAAAGAAUGAAGAAACCACCAAACAUGAAGCUCCUGAAUCUGAAAGAGCUGAACAAGAUGAAGAAAACCUCAAUAUUCAAAUCGAUGUCCAUGAAAGCUCCACAUUUGAGUUUUCAACCCCAGUUUCAAACAACGAAGUUUCAGCACUUGAAAAGAAGACUGAAGAAUGUGAGCAACACCCAGUGAUGCAUCAAGCAAUUACUGCAAAAGGCGACGUUUCCCAAACACAAGAAAGCAGCGAAAGAUCAAUCGCUGCAUCCUCUCAAGAAGACGCAGCCACAGCAGAUUAUGUUAGUGGACAUUCCUGCUUUGAUUUCAAGAACCCAAAUGCUGAAACUGAAUUUCCGUUACUCGAAGCAAAUAAAGAAGAUUCACUAGAGAAGAAUUCGGUCCAAAAAGGCGUUCCAGCGCUGGAAAGAAGCAACUCGGAGAAGUUGAAGACUCCACUUCUGAGCUUAGUGAAGAAAGAAACAUACGACAUGGAGCCAUUACAGAAGCAAGAAAGCAUUCCUGUGAAGAAGAAUGUGGAUGAGGUUUGGAAGUCACCAAAGAAAGACAUGGCUACUUCAGCCAAAGGAAGAGAGAAAACCAAGCAAAGAUAUUCUCUAUUCAGCCACUGCAUGUGUUGCACUACAGUAAUCCAGUGAGGUAUUUUUCCUAGUUUUCUCCUUUUUUUCAUUUAUUUAUUUAUUUAUUUGCUUUGGGGAACUGUUUUUUGGGUGUUGCAACUUGAUUUGGAGAGAGGAUUGAUGUGGGUAUUAUAGAUUGAGAGAUUUGGAGAGGAUUGGAAGAGAGACUGUAUUGAAGUAUUUUUGGCUGUUCAUGAUUUGUAAUUCUUUUCUUUCAUUUACAAUGUAUGUACAAGGCCACAUAUGAGGUUGAUCCUAAGCUUUGAGAAAAUAAAUAGCUUGAUCUUUUGGUGUUCUUAUAUCA